ACAUCUACCUUUUUGCCUAGCAACACUCAAAUAACCAGCCUACCUCUGUCUGCUGUAUUCUAGUUGGAGGGGGUGAGGAUUUGCGUACGUACUGGACCGAGUACAUGAGGAAGACGCAUGUCCUGGUGUACGUGGUUGACUCCUCUGACAGAAAACGUCUCCCACAGGCCAAGGCUGAGCUGCAUCGCCUUCUCAGACUGGAUUCACAACUUCCUGUGGUGGUCCUGGGAAACAAACAGGACAAGCACAAUGCCAUGAGUGUGUGGGAGCUUCAUGAGGCCCUGUCUCUGGGGGCGGUGGCUGACGAUAGGAGGCUGUUCCUCCUGGCUGCCCAGCUGGGCUCAGAUGGCCUGAUUGUCUCCCGCAAUCUGCAGGCCUUCCAGGAACUGAUCCUACAGCUCGUUUGAUUCCCUAGGACAGGAUGAGUUGAACGGGGGGUUGACCAUGCAGGUGGGAUGGGGAGAGGCCCAUGGGUAAGCCCGUGUGUAAGGACAAGUGGCAAGUAGCAAUGACUGCGUGUGAAUACUUUUGAACUAGAGAAGAUCCUUCAGGGCCCUCUGGGAGUCAGGGACAAAAAAUAGUCUUCACUGAAUCACUUAAAUAGUAACAAUAUACACUAAGUAUACCAAACAUUAGGAACACCAUCAACAUGGCAAACUUGAGCGUGAAAAACCCAAUGUUGCAGUUCUUGACACUCAAACCGGUGCUUGUGGUACUUACUACUUACUAUACCCUGUUCAAAAGGCACUUAAAUAUUUUGUCUUGCCCAUUCAUCCUCUGAAUGGCACACAUAC